GGCGGCCGCGGUGCAGUACGGCCGGGAAGGAGGGCCGAGGUUGUGAGCUGCCUCCGGGGCCGCGGCGCCCGCCGAGGUGGCCUGCCGGCUGCGCUCCCACAGGUGCUGGUGCCCCGGGUCAUGCCGGAGCGCUGGGGCCACCGGCAGCAUGAAGGGCGGCGACCGCGCGUACUCCCGAGGUCCCUCUUUGGGGUGGCUCUUUGCGAAGUGCUGCUGUUGCUUUCCGUGCAGGGAUGCGUACUCUCAUUCCUCAAGUGAAAACGGAGGCAAGUCCGAGUCGGUGGCCAACCUGCAGGCCCAACCAUCCCUGAACUCCAUCCACAGCUCCCCUGGGCCCAAGCGUUCCACCAACACCCUGAAGAAGUGGCUGACAAGUCCCGUGCGCCGGCUUAACAGUGGGAAAGCAGACGGAAACAUCAAGAAGCAGAAGAAAGUACGAGAUGGUCGAAAGAGCUUUGACCUGGGAUCUCCCAAGCCUGGGGAUGAGACGACCCCUCAGGGAGAUAGCGCUGAUGAGAAGAGCAAGAAAGGUUGGGGUGAAGAUGAGGCAGAUGAAGAGUCACACACACCCCUCCCCCCGCCUAUGAAGAUCUUUGACAACGACCCCACACAGGACGAAAUGAGUCUGGAAGGAGGCUCUUACCGAGGGAGCUUGAAAGACCCCACAGGCUGCCUGAAUGAAGGCAUGACCCCACCCACACCUCCCAGAAAUCUGGAAGAAGAACAGAAAGCCAAGGCUCUGAGAGGCAGGAUGUUUGUCCUGAAUGAACUGGUCCAGACAGAGAAAGACUAUGUCAAGGACCUGGGAAUUGUGGUGGAGGGCUUCAUGAAGAGAAUAGAAGAAAAGGGUGUCCCCGAGGACAUGCGAGGAAAGGAUAAAAUCGUGUUUGGAAAUAUUCACCAGAUUUAUGAUUGGCAUAAGGAUGUUUUCCUGGGUGAACUGGAAAAAUGUAUCCAGGAGCAAGACAGAUUGGCACAGCUCUUUAUUAAAUAUGAGCGGAAGCUGCACAUCUACGUGUGGUACUGCCAGAAUAAGCCACGCUCUGAGUACAUCGUCGCUGAGUACGAUGCCUACUUUGAAGAGGUGAAACAAGAGAUAAAUCAAAGGCUGACACUUAGCGACUUCCUUAUCAAGCCCAUUCAGAGAAUAACAAAAUAUCAACUGCUCCUCAAGGACUUCCUGAGAUACAGCGAGAAGGCUGGUUUGGAGUGUUCAGACAUUGAGAAAGCAGUGGAGUUAAUGUGCCUUGUUCCAAAACGCUGCAAUGACAUGAUGAACCUGGGACGCCUGCAGGGCUUUGAGGGGACCCUGACUGCUCAGGGCAAGCUGCUGCAGCAGGACACAUUCUAUGUGAUUGAGCUGGAUGCUGGCAUGCAGUCACGGACCAAGGAGAGGCGUGUGUUCCUCUUUGAGCAAAUCGUCAUCUUCAGUGAACUGCUCAGGAAGGGAUCCCUCACCCCAGGCUACAUGUUCAAAAGGAGCAUCAAGAUGAACUACUUGGUCCUGGAGGAGAACGUAGACAAUGACCCCUGCAAGUUUGCACUUUUGAACAGGGAGACUUCAGAGAGGGUCAUUCUGCAAGCCGCCAACGCUGACAUCCAGCAGGCCUGGGUGCAGGACAUCAACCAAGUCUUAGAAACACAGCGAGACUUCUUAAAUGCCCUGCAGUCGCCCAUUGAGUAUCAGCGGAAAGAAAGGAGCACAGCCGUGAUGAGGUCCCAGCCUGCUAGGGUUCCCCAAGCCAGCCCGAGACCCUACUCCUCCAUCCCCGUGGGCUCUGAGAAGCCCCCAAAGGGCUCCAGCUAUAACCCGCCUCUGCCACCCCUGAAGAUAUCUACCUCCAAUGGCAGUCCAGGGUUUGACUACCACCAGGCUGGGGACAAGUUUGAGGCCAGCAAGAGUGACCUGGGAGGAUGCAAUGGGGCCUCAUCCAUGGCCGUGAUCAAAGAUUACUAUGCACUGAAGGAGAAUGAAAUCUGUGUGAGCCAAGGUGAGGUUGUCCAGGUCCUCGCCGUCAACCAGCAGAACAUGUGCCUGGUAUACCAGCCCGCCAGCGACCACUCCCCCGCUGCUGAGGGCUGGGUCCCUGGCAGCAUCCUGGCGCCCCUCACCAAAGCCAUGGCAGCCACAGAAAAUAGUGACGGGAGCAUCAAGAAGUCAUGUUCAUGGCAUACUCUACGCAUGAGAAAGCGGGCAGAAGUGGAGAACACGGGUAAAAAUGAAGCCACAGGGUCUCGUAAACCCAAGGAUAUUCUGGGCAACAAAGUCUCUGUUAAAGAGACGAACAGUUCCGAGGAGUCAGAGUGUGAUGAUCUUGACCCUAAUACUAGCAUGGAGAUCUUAAAUCCAAAUUUCAUCCAAGAAGUGGCGCCAGAAUUCCUUGUGCCUUUAGUGGAUGUGACCUGCUUGCUUGGGGACACAGUGACACUGCAGUGCAAAGUCUGUGGGCGGCCAAAGCCCACCAUCACUUGGAAGGGUCCAGACCAGAACAUCCUUGACACUGACAACAGCUCAGCUACAUACACCGUCUCCUCCUGUGAUUCUGGGGAAAUCACCCUGAAAAUCUGCAAUCUGAUGCCCCAAGACAGCGGUAUCUAUACCUGCAUAGCAGCAAACGACCAUGGUACUGCGUCAACAUCUGCUACCGUUAAAGUGCAAGGCGUUCCAGCGGCCCCUAACCGCCCAAUUGCCCAAGAGAGAAGCUGCACUUCCGUGAUCCUCCGCUGGCUGCCACCAUCCAGCACGGGAAACUGCACCAUUUCGGGUUACACCGUGGAGUACAGAGAGGAAGGUUCCCAGGCCUGGCAGCAGUCAGUAGCAUCGACCUUGGACACCUACCUUGUCAUUGAAGACCUCAGUCCUGGGAGUCCUUAUCAGUUCAGAGUCAGUGCCAGUAACCCCUGGGGGAUCAGCCUUCCCAGUGAGCCCUCAGAAUUCGUGCGACUUCCAGAAUACGACGCUGCUGCUGAUGGUGCCACCAUUUCUUGGAAGGAAAAUUUUGAUUCAGCUUAUACUGAGCUGAAUGAAAUUGGAAGAGGCCGGUUCUCCAUAGUAAAGAAGUGCAUUCACAAAGCUACUCGCAAAGAUGUUGCAGUGAAAUUUGUUAGCAAAAAAAUGAAGAAAAAAGAGCAGGCUGCCCACGAGGCUGCCCUGCUUCAGCACCUGCAGCACCCCCAAUACAUCACUCUCCAUGACACCUAUGAGUCCCCCACUUCCUACAUCCUCAUUUUGGAACUGAUGGAUGAUGGCCGACUCUUAGACUACCUUAUGAAUCAUGAUGAGCUGAUGGAAGAAAAAGUAGCUUUCUACAUUCGAGACAUCAUGGAAGCCCUGCAGUACCUUCACAACUGCAGAGUUGCACAUUUGGACAUAAAGCCUGAAAACCUGCUCAUUGACCUACGGAUUCCAGUGCCUCGCGUGAAGCUCAUUGACUUGGAGGAUGCUGUCCAGAUCUCAGGUCACUUCCAUAUCCACCACCUGCUGGGGAACCCCGAGUUUGCUGCCCCAGAAGUGAUCCAGGGCAUCCCUGUAUCCCUGGGCACCGACAUCUGGAGCAUCGGGGUUUUGACAUACGUCAUGCUGAGUGGGGUCUCCCCCUUCUUGGAUGAGAGCAAGGAGGAGACGUGUAUCAAUGUGUGCAGGGUGGACUUCAGCUUCCCCCAUGAGUACUUCUGCGGUGUGAGCAAUGCUGCCAGAGAUUUCAUCAAUGUGAUCCUACAGGAAGACUUUCGGAGGCGGCCCACGGCAGCCACCUGCCUGCAGCAUCCGUGGCUGCAGCCCCACAAUGGCAGCUACUCCAAGAUCCCCCUGGACACCUCCCGCUUGGCGUGCUUCAUUGAGCGUCGCAAGCAUCAGAAUGAUGUGCGCCCCAUUCCCAACGUCAAGAGCUACAUUGUCAAUCGGCUAAACCAAGGCACGUAGCCAUCCCCCAGCCCUCGUGGUUUCACAUGGAAGUGCAGUGUGAACCAAAGUUAGACUGAACGUGUCUGUAAAUAAUUCUGUCCAUCAUUCACUCCAUGUGGUUCUCUGGAUUGAGAGAUGUACCUCUUAAACUUCCUCAGUGGUUUUUCAAAGUCUGAGCAGCAGUGAAAUCACUCUAAAUCCAGGGACUUUCCAGAAGGUCGUUCAGAAGAGAUACAGAUGUACAGAGUCAUGGAAAGUAUUCAGAAGAGAGGCAGAGAUAACAAGAAUAGCAGCUGUUAUGAAAUUUUAAUUGUGCUCCAAAAUGAGUGGUUAACUUGGCAAAACAUAAGAUCACUGAAGAAAGUAUAAAGGUUCCUGCCUUUGCUGAAAUUUUAAACAAGAAGUUCUGUUUAACAGAGAUGUCAUGUAUGUCAACUAUACUGGUUUAGAUUACUUACAUAUAGUUUCUUAAUAGGAUACAUGUACACAUACAGUAAAAAUAU